CGCCCACUCCGAGUUCAAACGGCAGCUCCCUCUCCCUCCCCGCCACCGCCCGCCGAUACCUGCGCCCCAGCCGGGCAGACGGUGCACGCGGCGGCUCGGCCCCGGGCGAAGAGGCGAGACCCCGCGGGGAGCAUGGGUGCGGGGGCGCUGCGUGUAGGCGCGUGACUCUGCGAGCUAGCGGCCCCCAGCCGGCUGGCCGGGCGAGGGUGCGCGGGGAGCCCGCGUGGGCCAGGCGCGGGCGUGUGCGAGGCGCGGGCGUGCGCGCGAGGGUGUGUGCGCGGCCGAGGCGGAGCGCCGGGCGGGCGGGCGGCGGCGGCGGCGUUAGGACUCCGGGGACACCGCCCCCCGCCCCGCGUCCCGCCCCCGCCCAGCCUCCCGCCUCAGUUCGCGCCGCGCCUCGGCUUCGAGCGCAGCGGCGCCGGCUCCUGGAGCCCAGCGGCGCGCACCGCCUGCGGCCGCGCCGGCAAUGCGGGGCCGCCCCGCGCCCGCCCCAGUCCCGGCCCCAGCCCCCGCGGGAAGGGGCUGAGCCGCUGCCGCCCGGAUGGCGAACCUCGCCGCGCUCGCCUUCAGCCUGCUCCUGCGGCUGCAGCUGCAGCCGCUGCCCGGCGCCCGGGCGCAGAGCGCCGCAGGUGGCUGUUCCUUUGAGGAGCACUAUAGCAACUGUGGUUAUAGCGUGGCCCUGGGGACCAGUGGGUUUACCUGGGAGCAGAUUAACACAUGGGAGAAACCAAUGCUGGACCCAGCGGUGCCUACAGGAUCCUUCAUGAUGGUGAACAGCUCUGGGAGGGCCUCUGGCCAGAAGGCCCACCUUCUCCUGCCGACCCUGAAGGAGAAUGACACCCACUGCAUUGAUUUCCAUUACUACUUCUCCAGCCGCGACCGAUCCAGCCCUGGGGCCCUAAAUGUCUAUGUGAAGGUGAAUGGUGGACCCCAGGGAAACCCCGUCUGGAACGUGUCUGGGGUGGUCACCGAGGGCUGGGUGAAGGCAGAGCUUGCCAUCAGCACCUUCUGGCCACAUUUCUACCAGGUGAUAUUUGAAUCCGUCUCUCUGAAGGGCCAUCCUGGCUACAUCGCUGUGGACGAGGUCCGGGUCCUUGCCCAUCCGUGCAGAAAAGCACCUCAUUUUCUGCGGCUCCAAAAUGUUGAAGUGAACGUGGGGCAGAAUGCCACAUUUCAGUGCAUUGCUGGCGGAAAGUGGUCUCAGCAUGACAAACUUUGGCUCCAGCAAUGGAAUGGCAGGGACACGGCCCUCAUGGUCACCCGUGUGGUCAACCACAGGCGUUUCUCGGCAACAGUCAGUGUGGCAGACACGACCCAGCGGAGUGUGAGCAAGUACCGCUGUGUGAUCCGCUCUGACGGUGGCUCUGGUGUGUCCAACUACGCCGAGUUGAUCGUGAAAGAGCCUCCCACGCCCAUUGCCCCUCCAGAGCUGCUGGCCGUGGGGGCCACCUACCUGUGGAUUAAGCCAAAUGCCAACUCUAUCAUUGGAGAUGGCCCCAUCAUCCUGAAGGAGGUGGAGUACCGCACCACGACAGGCACCUGGGCGGAGACCCACAUCGUUGACUCUCCCAACUACAAACUGUGGCAUCUGGACCCCGAUGUGGAGUAUGAGAUCCGAGUGCUACUCACGCGACCAGGAGAAGGGGGCACGGGACCACCAGGGCCUCCCCUCACCACCAGAACCAAGUGUGCAGACCCGGUGCACGGCCCCCAGAACGUGGAGAUCGUGGACAUCCGGGCCCGGCAGCUGACCCUGCAGUGGGAGCCCUUCGGCUACGCGGUCACCCGCUGCCACAGCUACAACCUCACGGUGCAGUACCAGUACGUGUUCAACCAGCAGCAGUACGAGGCCGAGGAGCUCAUCCAGACCUCGUCCCAUUACACCCUGCGGGGCCUGCGUCCCUUCAUGACCAUCCGGCUGCGGCUGCUGCUGUCCAACCCCGAAGGCCGCAUGGAGAGCGAGGAGCUGGUGGUGCAGACGGAGGAGGACGUUCCAGGAGCUGUUCCUCUAGAGUCCAUUCAAGGGGGGCCCUUUGAGGAGAAGAUCUACAUCCAGUGGAAACCUCCCAAUGAGACCAAUGGGGUCAUCACACUCUACGAGAUCAACUACAAGGCCGUGGGCUCAUUGGACCCAAGUGCUGACCUCUCCAGCCAGAGGGGCAAAGUGUUCAAGCUUCGGAAUGAAACCCACCACCUCUUUGUUGGUCUGUACCCUGGAACCACCUACUCCUUCACCAUCAAGGCCAGCACUGCAAAGGGCUUUGGCCCGCCCGUCACCACCAGGAUCGCCACCAAAAUUUCAGCUCCGUCGAUGCCUGAAUAUGACACAGACACCCCACUGAAUGAAACAGACACGACCAUCACGGUGAUGCUGAAGCCCGCUCAGUCCCGGGGAGCCCCUGUCAGUGUUUAUCAGCUGGUUGUCAAGGAGGAGCGGCUUCAGAAGUCACGCAGGGCAGCUGACAUCAUCGAGUGCUUUUCAGUGCCGGUGAGCUACAGGAACGCCUCCAGCCUUGAUUCUCUGCACUACUUUGCUGCCGAGCUGAAGCCUGCCAACCUGCCUGUCACCCAGCCAUUUACAGUGGGUGACAACAAGACCUACAAUGGCUACUGGAACCCUCCUCUUUCCCCUCUGAAAAGCUACAGCAUCUACUUCCAGGCCCUCAGCAAAGCAAACGGAGAGACCAAAAUCAAUUGUGUCCGCCUGGCUACAAAAGCACCAAUGGGCAGCGCCCAGGUGACCCCGGGGACUCCACUCUGCCUCCUCACCACAGGUGCGUCCACUCAGAACUCCAACACUGUGGAGCCGGAGAAGCAGGUGGACAACACCGUGAAGAUGGCCGGCGUGAUCGCUGGCCUGCUCAUGUUCACCAUCAUCCUCCUGGGCGUGAUGCUCACCAUCAAGAGGAGAAGAAAUGCUUAUUCCUACUCCUAUUACUUGAAGCUGGCCAAGAAGCAGAAGGAGACCCAGAGUGGAGCGCAGAGGGAAAUGGGGCCUGUGGCCUCAGCCGACAAACCCACUGCCAAGCUCAGCUCCAGCCGCAAUGAUGAAGGCUUCUCCUCUAGCUCACAGGAUGUGAACGGAUUCGCAGAUGGCAGCCGUGGGGAGCUGGCGCAGCCCACCCUCACGAUCCAGACUCACCCCUACCGAGCCUGCGACCCCGUGGAGAUGAGCUAUCCCCGGGACCAGUUCCAGCCCGCCAUCCGGGUGGCUGACCUGCUCCAGCACAUCACCCAGAUGAAGAGGGGCCAGGGCUACGGGUUCAAGGAGGAGUAUGAGGCCUUACCAGAGGGACAGACAGCUUCGUGGGACACAGCCAAAGAGGAUGAAAACCGCAACAAGAAUCGAUACGGCAACAUCAUAUCCUACGACCAUUCUCGAGUGAGACUGCUGGUGCUGGAUGGAGACCCGCACUCUGACUACAUCAACGCCAACUACAUCGAUGGGUACCAUCGACCUCGGCACUACAUCGCAACUCAAGGUCCCAUGCAGGAGACCGUGAAGGACUUCUGGAGAAUGAUCUGGCAGGAGAACUCGGCCAGCAUCGUCAUGGUCACAAACCUCGUGGAAGUGGGCAGGCACGCAGCGGGACACACUGUGGGAAAUGCCACUCUGGGCCGCGCGGCGUCCCCUGGAAUGGUGAAGUGUGUGCGCUACUGGCCCGAUGACACGGAGGUCUACGGAGACAUCAAAGUCACCCUGAUCGAAACAGAGCCCCUGGCGGAGUACGUCAUCCGCACCUUCACCGUCCAGAAGAAAGGCUACCACGAGAUCCGGGAGCUGCGACUCUUCCACUUCACCAGCUGGCCCGACCACGGCGUCCCCUGCUACGCCACCGGCCUCCUGGGCUUUGUCCGCCAGGUCAAGUUCCUCAACCCCCCGGAAGCCGGGCCCAUUGUGGUUCACUGCAGUGCUGGAGCCGGGAGGACCGGCUGCUUCAUCGCCAUUGACACCAUGCUCGACAUGGCUGAGAACGAAGGGGUGGUGGACAUCUUCAACUGCGUGCGUGAGCUCCGGGCCCAGAGGGUCAACCUGGUGCAGACGGAGGAACAGUACGUGUUCGUGCAUGACGCCAUCCUGGAAGCGUGUCUCUGUGGCAACACAGCCAUCCCGGUGUGCGAGUUCCGCUCCCUCUAUUACAACAUCAGCAGGCUGGACCCCCAGACCAACUCCAGCCAGAUCAAAGACGAAUUUCAGACCCUCAACAUCGUGACUCCUCGCGUCCGGCCCGAGGACUGCAGCAUCGGACUGCUGCCCCGGAACCAUGAUAAGAAUCGGAGCAUGGACGUCCUGCCGCUGGACCGCUGCCUGCCCUUCCUCAUCUCGGUGGAUGGAGAAUCCAGCAACUACAUCAACGCAGCACUGAUGGACAGCCACAAGCAGCCUGCCGCCUUCGUGGUCACGCAGCACCCUCUCCCCAACACCGUGGCAGACUUCUGGAGGCUGGUGUUCGAUUAUAACUGCUCCUCCGUGGUGAUGCUGAAUGAGCUGGAUACUGCCCAGCUCUGCAUGCAGUACUGGCCUGAGAAGACGUCGGGGUGCUAUGGGCCCAUCCAGGUGGAGUUCGUCUCGGCAGACAUCGACGAGGACAUCAUCCACAGGAUAUUCCGCAUCUGUAACAUGGCACGGCCCCAGGACGGGUACCGUAUAGUCCAGCACCUCCAGUACAUCGGCUGGCCCGCCUACCGGGACACACCCCCCUCCAAGCGCUCUCUGCUCAAGCUGGUCCGGCGGCUGGAGAAGUGGCAGGAGCAGUACGACGGGCGGGAGGGACGCACUGUGGUCCACUGCCUGAAUGGGGGAGGCCGCAGCGGAACCUUCUGUGCCAUCUGCAGCGUGUGUGAGAUGAUCCAGCAGCAGAACAUCAUCGACGUGUUCCACAUCGUGAAGACGUUACGGAACAACAAGGCCAACAUGGUGGAGACCCUGGACCAGUAUAAAUUUGUAUACGAGGUGGCGCUGGAAUAUUUAAGCUCCUUCUAGCCCGACGGCCCAGGGAACCUGCCAGAGUCCGGAGGCUGCUGCGGCCAAGCCCCCUUUCUGUGAAUGGCAGUGACUGGGCUCGGGGCAGCACCCUGCCCGACUCCAAGGAGGAGACUGGAGGUCCUGUGGUCCACGGCGGGCUCUGCACGUGCCCAGGGUCUCCAGGUACCAUGGAGGCUGGUACCCCAACAGGCCCUGGCGUCUUUUGCAUACCCCACCAGCCACGCACCCGUGCAGAAGUGCACCCAGAGCAUGGCCCGGAUUUCUCAGUGCCCAGACCUCUUGCUUUUGCUCUCUUCAAGUCUGUGACUCUCGCGGCAAGCCGACUGUGUAGAUGGAUGCGACUGGGCUCGUGGGGUCACCGCUCUGCUGCCCCCCCACCAUCUCCUCCAGGGACCCCUGGCAUCGGACACUCGCUGGUCUGAAUCACUGGGACCUUGGGAUGCUCCCGAGUCCACAGCAGAGGCUCCUCCCCUCCCGCCUCACCUGCAUGGGGCUUGGCCCAGCACCAUUCUGUACCCCUCCCCCAGCCCGGGGUCUUGACCUUCCGCCACUCACUGGGCAGCCCCCGGGGUCCGUGGCUCUCCUGGAUCCAGGUUCUCUCUGCUUGUCUGUGCUCCAUGGGGCAGGGUGGGGCUGCAGGGAGCCUGGCUGCCCUCCUCUCUCUGUGAAGAAGGACCGCCUCCCCAGGGCAGGGCUCCGGCUGGCCCUGUGUGUCCUGGGCGGUGACUCCUCGGGGAGGGAUGAACAAGAUUCGAUGGUUUUCCAAAGUGUAUGUGAAAAGAAACUUCCUUUUGGAGGGUGUAAAGUCUUAGUCUCUGAUGUCAAAAACUGGUGGGGAGGGAAGUUCGGUUGUGUAGCUGUGAGACCAAUCUCCUGGGCCUGUUAUCUCCCUGGCAAGGUCCUCAGAAGGUUCCCCCCGGCCCAGGGUCAGCACAGCCGCAGAGCAAGGGGAAUUUCGUUUGGGGCUGGCAGAAAAGGAGCAUACCCCAGAGCUCCGAAUUUGAAUGCCUGCCUAGAGCAACCCAGCUACCAUCUCAGAAAAGGUCACUGUGGACCCAGUGAUACUCCGGUUUAAAACAGACCUAGGGGAUCAGGCCUGGGGGUCUUGCCCAAAGUGUGGGUCAGUCGAUUUUGACUUUGACUAAGCAUCUACUAUAUGCCAGACUUGGCACAUUCUUGGAACCCACCGCCCUCACCCCCACCCUACCCUGGGAGCUAUUCACCUGUGAUCACCCUGAUUUUACAGCUGAAGACACUGAGGCAUCUUCCUCAGGUUUCCAAAGGCAGAUGGUAGAGACUUACUUGUACUGUUUUCUUCAUCCUUUCGUAGCCAAGCAAUUAUUUUAUGGAGGGAAAAUAAGGCCAGAAACUUCUGAGCAGAGAACUCCACAAAUGGCAAUCUAGUUCUUUUUUUCUGAUGCCUGUGUUUCUGAGAAGGUCAGAGUUUCAGGUGUAUUUUAGUAACUCAUUCCCCGCUGCCCAGGAGAGCUAGUCCCAUCUUAAAUCUUGGCCAGUGAAAACCGCUCCCUGGGCCCUCAGGCCGUGAGGUCUACGAGCCAGGGACGCUUUCUGUCUACCUGGGUCUCUAGCUGGUGCUCUGGUACAGCACCUGGCAGCCCAGGGUGGCCUGGGAUCCAGGAUGUGCCAUCCUGGAAGCUGGUCCAGCCCCAGAUGGGGCGUGAGGAGCACAGGUUUCCCUCAGAGCUUGCCGUAUCCUGGGGAAACAGAACCUCAGUGCCGCAUCAAGUGUUACUCGAGCCUCAACGCAGGGCUUUCUAGAGGAGGUGACAUCCCUUCCACCUGGUAGAAAAACGAAGAGAAGGAAAUUCAGGCCAAGAGCACACGUGCACAAACACAGGGGUGUGCAGAAUCCUCGGGGUGGGCGAGACGGCGGGAGGUGGGCCCAGCUGGAGCAGAGCCUGGCGGCGCCGGGGCAGGGGACAAGCCAGGGUGGAGGGGGCAGCGAGCCCCACCAGCAGAGCGGACUUGGCCCCUGUGGGCAGCACGGGGCGCGGGGAGCUCUGAGUGACGCGCUCAGCUCGGGGUUGAGGAGGCGCCCUCCGGGGCCAGUGGGGCUGCCUCUCUUCAUCAGACACUGUGAACACAUUCCCUUAAGCGUACACUUCUUAAUAUCACAUCUAUUUGUCUGUCUGCUCACUAUUUGUUGCUGGAACAAAAUACGUAGUACAUUAAGAGACGCAGCUUCUGUGAGGAAGUCAGGAUCUCUGCUAUGUCACAGAGCCGGGGGGGGGGCACCAAGCCAGACCCCUGGGCCCCCGAGGACGGGACAUGGCAGGAGCUCACAGAAGCUGCUCCUGUCGGCACAGGUUCUGGGGCUGUCUCGAAGCCCAGGGACCCCCAGACUCGAUCAGGGGAGGACUGGCGCUUUGGAGGUUCAAAAGGAAGCAACUCAAAGCAAAGGAAGGGAAAGAAGCCCCGCCACGAGCCUGCUCUUCGCCUUUCAUGGCUCUUCCCCUGGUCCCAGGCCCCCGCCCCACUGGGCCUGCCAGCCUCCCCGGCUCCAACCUGCUGCUCCAGCCAGCCCUCCCCGGCCUUCAGGAAGCCUGUAGCACAGGAAAUCAGCCUGCUCUAUACUUCUCCCUCAGAUCUGGGGCUCAUCUGUGCAAAAUAGGAGCCAGGGGAGCGGGGUGGUCUCCAAUACAAAUAAACCCUAGGAUUUAUUCUGCUCAGGAGGGGGUGAAAUCGCAGGCAGAUGAAAUGACACUGGCUUCUCUCAUUUCAAAUGGUAGGAAUUUAGAAUGUGACUUCGGGGAGAAGGAAACUUGUGAAAAGCACAAAGCCUCGUGGUUCUCGCCUCCUGGAUGUGGACCCUGUUUGGAGAAGAUGGAAUUAACCAGAAGCCAGGAACUGUCCCACCUGCAUGCAUGUCUGGCCUAUACAUCUUCAAGAUGUAUCCUAGCUGUAACCUAACUCGUUGCCCUCUCCUCCUUUCUGGUGUGAAGGUCCUGGGGUCAGGGGCUCUGAGCCUCCAGACGGUCACAGCGUGCCUCCCUUUGUGGGAAUGGAAGGCAUCACCUUGCUUUUCCAUUUUCUCUUUGGAUGUAGCCCAAGUAGCGGCCUGCCCACCCGGUAUCACCCAUCCUGUGCAGCCAGCAGACCCCAUGCUGGAGGCUAAUGUGAGCUCACCCAGUUCUCCCAACACCCCUAAGAUGUGCUUCCAACUGUCCCCAUUUACAGAUGAGGAGACUGAGGGGAGAAAUCACUUAACCGCCGCCGCCCCACCCUACCCCCCAUUCCACCACAGCUAGUAAAGGAGGGAGCCAGGGUUUAAAUUGGUUCUUUUAACUUCAAAGGUAGGCUCUUUCCACUGAUGUGUCUCAGGUUUUCCCACGACGGGGUGCAGGGGGUUGGGGUGGGAGGGACCCUUAAGAGCCAAGACUAGAGUGAAGCAGGCCCAGUGGAUCUCGCAAAACCCAAAGCAGACAACAAUAAGCCCAAAGCUCCUUCAGUUUCACGUUUAACAAUUCACAGAGCAUUUGCACUCUUUGCUAAUUCAGCCUGAUUUAACAAGAGUGUAUCAAUAUUUUUUUAACCACAUGUGCCUGAUCCCUCAUGUGGCUUUGCCCCCCUCAGCCCACUGCGAUGACCCUAGGGAAUGACCGCCCAGUCUGAGAGGCACAGUGCCUGGCCAUGCCGCUUCCUCCUAAAGCCGAGGCCAGACUCAAGCUCAAGUCCAGCUCACCUGCCCACUGGCUCACCACCCGCCCCCGGUGUGGGGAUUCCCUGACCUCACUGUUCAUGGGCUGAUCUCAAGUCUCCUUCAGUUGCAUGCUGGAAUAAAGAAACCUUUGACAUCUACUAUAACUACACAGACAUGCCCAUCUGGAAUGGCGAAGGCUGAGCCCAUAAAACCCUAAAGGGAAAGAAGAUGACCCUGUCUUUCUCAGCAGACUCCUGAAUCCUGGGGCCUCUAGAAGGUGGUGCCCUCUGUCCACAUGAAGUCACAUGAUUGCUAAUCUGGCCCAAUCUGAGGACCCCCUUCACACGAGGGGCUGAGCGCCUCCACACUCUACUUCAGCCCCACAGACUCACUGGGUGAUUACAACAUGCAGGACCCUGGAGGGGCUGCCACCAGGAAGCGCAGUUUACUAUGGCACAGUCCCUCCCUUGGUGAGACGUGGGGUUAUGGUAGAAAGAGCUCAGUCUUCAGUUCCAAUCCAGCCCAGUCAUUUCCUGGCUGUAGAAUGUCGAACCAGCUAGUCAGUGGGAAAAGAUGUGGAAAGACUAGCCUCGGACGGGCAGAAGCAGGCAGAUUUGGGGAACUUUGGGUAGGAAAACAGGAAGGCAAAGCCAAGACAUUAGGACUCAAUAGGAAUCCUCAGAACCAAGAAUGCAUUGGGUCUACUGGGCAAAUGGUCACCUCUGUGACGCAGUAGAACAAGGAAUAGGGAGGGACUGGGCAGAACCACUUGGAACAAGGAUGUUGCUUUAGAACAAGUCUCUCUCUGGGAGAAAAGAUGAUUACUUUUCCCUGUGACUGAUCAAUCGUGUUCAUUCAUCACUGGGUCCCCGCUGUAAGCUAGCUCUUUGGUGCGUGUCCUUACCGUGAUCCACAUUUGCUCAGGACAGUGUGAAUCCCGGUUGUGUGCAGACGGGCCAGUCUAGCAAGGAUGCUGCAGAGAAGUGAGGCACAGGGAGGAGCAAACAGGAGCGUAUCAGGUCAUCUUUGCAGGAAUAACUGCCCGGCCCAGAUCCAGUGACACUGAAGGAGAUGGUAGUUCCCCUGAACCUCACUGCCUUAGAAUAGAAUGAAGAAAACCGCCUUCCUUUAGCCUGCACCUGGCCUUUCCUGGGGCAUCAGCAGCAAGCUGAAUCAGGAGUAAUGCCCUGGAAAACAGGGGUGAGCCCGAGCGUAAGAUGAGCUCAAUGCUAAUCCUGAACAUAAAGCCAACACACUGUGCUGGGCCAAGAUCCCUGGGGAUGGAUGGUCAAACGAAGCCGCAGGGAGGAAGAUGAGACAUGAGUCUCAUGGAUGGCCCUGGCUUGCCUUUCCCCCGUCAUCUAACUAGUCUGAGCUCCUUCCCAGCCAGUGAUGCCGGCUCCAAAUCACAGCCAGAUACGACAGGGAAGAGAGCAAUGCAAAUCCAGCUGGAGGGAACCAGCUGGGACUCAGCCUUGUUCCUGGGUCCCCACACAAGGGUUCCAUGUUGGAGUUGUCCACAGAGACAUGCCUCGCAGUGAUAAAAUGCACGCCUUGGCUUCAUCUAGCCAAGAUCUGCCUUUGAGGAACAGCAAGGAGAGACAUCAGUGGCAGAGAGCAGAGGGGGCUCCAGUGUCUCAGAACCGUGGAUAUGAUCCUCAGAAACACAAAGAGAUGUCUAAGCCAUAUUUGCACACAUGUGUGCACUCUUCUGGUUUCCUGGGGACCAGAGAUAGGUUUUCGUGUGACUCUGGCUGGUGUAUGAUACUUGCGUAGAGACCAUCCCUCCCACCAACCUCCAGAGGAAGUGGGAAGGGUCAGAGGGGCCACAUGCACCCCCUCAAAUCCACCCAUGAAAGGUCCCCAAGACGCAGAGUUAGCACCCAUAAUGGUAGAUCACAGACUUCGCAUCCUAGUUAUUGAAGAGAUUGGGUUAGUCACUGCGGCUGACACAAAGGUGUAGAAGGACUCAGAAUGGGCAUACUAUAGGAAAAGGCUGUUGGGGCUGGGUACCGUGAACUUCCAUAGGUGUCUGAAAGCUGUUCUGAGUGGUGGAAUUUGGACCCUGGUUCUUGGUAGAAAUGCCCAGAGAAUGACAGUCUGGGGUCCUUGGAAUGCUGGACAGAAUGGUAUCGGUAUGAAGGCCCGGAGCUCAAGGUAAUUAGUUUAUGGUUCCUUCGUGGGUGGGAUGCUUAGAAUCAGAGGAGGAAAGGGAAUAUGAAGCAACCUGUCAAAAUUGCAGAACUGAGUUUCUGUAGACUUACUUCCGUGCCUUUGCACUUGUGAAUAUAAAUCAGUGGCCCCCUCUGUGAUGGUGCCCCUAUCCCUCCUGUGGAAGAUUAAUGGUGUAAGGUGUUCUUUGGACCAAAGCUUCCAGGGCAGUCUGAAGGCUAAGAGGGACAGAGGGGUGACUUCCCAGGUCAGAUCAGACUUCUGAAGGGUCAGGCAGAAUACCAGUGCCCGUGCCCUCCACAGGCCUGCCGACUGUUAGAUAAAUUCUCAUGGUCACUCCCAUGAGUGGAACUAGGACCAACGGGUGAAACUUCAUCGCUCUAAGAGAGGACUUGCUCUCUGCCACAGAAGCUGAGCUGCACCAUCUUAGCAGCUGUCCAGCAAAAGCCAGACAUGCUUUUAAAGGGAAGAAGGAGCUCUGCUGAGAUGGCCUUUAGGUUUCUUCCCCUCAGAUGAGUGAGAUGCCACAGAGCUGGGACCUUGUCGGAACGCCUUCCUUCCUGCAGAGCACAAAGCCACAGGUUGUGCUCGCUUGUGUGAGCUAAAGCCCCCAGUCCCGUUGCCCCCACACCGCACAGGCCGAGAGGCUGCUCUGGCCACACGUCCAGGCCGGGUAUAACCAACAGCCCAGAGAGAGCAGCUGCUGUGCCACAGAGCCCAUGCCCACCAAGAUCUCUGAUGAGACCAGUCACAGCGUAGACCCACUGGCCAACAGGGCCACCCGUGACAGCAGAAUCAGUAAAGGUCCAAGCAGGACCCAGACCAGGGUUUUGCAUACCAUACACGUUAACUCCAGAGGUGAAAUCUACACCCCCUGCCCCAUACCUGAGACCCGACAGAGCAGACUGCAAAAUCAAAAGCAGUGACUCAGCUGACUCGUGAUUAUCACCAUCCCCAGUACCAUUUCAUUGCCAGACAGACCCUGAACUAGCCCAGGCUAACCCACACUGGCGAUCAGACUUGAAAGCACUUUCUACCUUCUCUUUCACCCUGCAUCUCACCAGCCAAUGAAAGGCAGAGAGUCGGGGCAUCUGCCACUGCCUUGGCACUGGACACCAUCGUAGCCCUAGAAGGGCCAUCACGGGAUUCCCAUCAACUCCAGGGAGACUGACGUUUUCACGUCCACUGGGCACAUGAUACUGCAUGAGACCAAAGUCUCCACGCUGUCGGCAGCCUCCUCCAUGAAUCCCAGUGGCCUGCGCUUGUACAGUUUGGGUGUUUGAUAGAUAAAGCACGUAUGAGAAGAGAAAACAAAAUAAAUCAACUUAAAAAAAAAAAAAGCCAGCACUGUGCGGUCCAUGUUGUUCUUUUUUUUUUUUUUCUUUCCAAUUCUAGCUUAAAAAAGCAGAAGGUAAAUAAUGUCAGGUCAAUAAAUAUAUUUUUUGACUGUACAUUACAGUGAAGUGUAAUCUUUUUACACCUGCAAGUCCAUCUUAUUUAUUCUUGUAAAUGUUCCCUGACGAUGUUUGUAAUAUGGCUGUGUUGAAAAUCUAUACAAUAAAGCUGUGACCCUGAGAUUCAUGUUUUCCUAA